AUGGGUAAAAAUAAUCUCGUCAAACAAGAAUACUCUCGUCACCCCUUUCUCCUGCCUCUCACAGAAGUAUACCAACAACUUGGCACCAACAAGGACACGGGACUGAACCAGCAAAAAGCUCUUGAGUCUCACCAAAAGUAUGGCCCGAACAAAUUGGAAGGUGAAGGGGGAGUGCAAUGGUAUCGAGUGCUCCUCAAACAGAUCAGCAAUGCCAUGAUACUGGUACUGGUGCUAGCCAUGGCUCUCUCGUACGGAGUGACGGACUAUAUCGAGGGCGGGGUCAUUACAGCCGUCAUCGUCCUCAAUGUUGCCAUCGGUUUCUACCAAGAGUUCAAAGCUGAGCAGAAGAUGGAUUCACUACGUGCUCUAUCAUCACCUUCAGCUACAGUUGUACGUGACGGUAAAGUCGACACUAUCCCCUCAGGUGAAGUCGCUCCUGGUGAUAUCGUGCAUGUCAAGACCGGGGAUACUGUGCCGGCCGAUUUACGACUCUUCGAAGCUAUGAAUCUCGAAUGCGAUGAGAAGAUUCUGACUGGCGAAGCGAUGCCUGUCGCGAAAGACGUCAAGUUUGAUCCCACAGGUCUUGAUGAGGUGUCUACUGGUGCAGGCGAUCGACUGAACAUGGCAUACUCGUCCUCGACUGUCACUCGCGGCCGUGGAAAGGGCAUCGUCGUCUUUACUGGUAUGUGCACUGAGAUAGGCAGAAUCGCAGCUUCGAUGCAAGGAAAGCAGCGAAAGGCCAAUCGAUCUUUGUCGGGCAAAGAGAGCAAAAUACAGCCUGCGAAAGGGCUUGCUCUCCGUAUCUGGGACGGCAUUGGCGCCUUUCUUGGCUUGACUGUCGGAACGCCGCUGCAGAAGAAGCUGUCCAAGCUGGCGUAUGUGCUCUUUGGAUGCGCGAUUUUGCUUGCAAUAAUUGUAUUUGGAGUGAACAAAUUCAAUGUGACUAAUGAAGUCGCCAUCUAUGCUAUCUCGACUGGCAUUGCUAUCAUACCCGAGUCCUUAAUCGCUGUCUUGACAAUAACUAUGGUCGUUGGCAUGACCCAGAUGCGAAAGAGGAAAGUAGUCAUCCGUCAAUUGAGUGCCUUGGAGGCCCUUGGAGGUGUCACAAAUAUAUGCUCGGACAAGACGGGGACUCUGACACAAGGGCAAAUGAUCACUAGGAAGGUUUGGAUUCCAGGUAGCGGUAUCUACUCUGUUAAAGGUGCCGAAGCGGCGUUCAACCCUACAUCGGGGAAUGUAACCUUCUCGUCUGUGAAAGCAAACCAGGAUGCGCCAAACACGCCAUCAGACCACAUCCGAUUUGACGACAAAAGCUCAAUCAGCGACAAGACAUCAGAGCUUAAUGACAGUGAUGAGAAAGCACCAGAGAUCACGCCAGAGCUCGAAAGCUUCCUCCACUCAACAGCUCUGUGCAACCUCGCCUCGGUUCGCCACGACGACCAAAAGAACGAAUGGCAAGCAAUGGGCGAUCCAACCGAAAUAGCCCUCCAAGUCUUCGCCCACCGCUUCUCCCAGGGCAAAAAGACUCUCGAAGAAGACCACGGCUGGACCCAACUCUCCGAGUACCCCUUCGACAGCUCCAUCAAGCGCAUGUCCGUCGUCUACACCUCCCCACCCCCCACGCCCUCUAACUGGGUUUUCACAAAAGGCGCCGUCGAGCGCGUCCUCGAUCUCUGCACCACCAUCGGCACCGGCCCCACCCAGACCCUCCUAACAGAAGAAACCAAAUCCCUAGUCCUCAAUCAAAUGACACACCUGGCCUCCCAAGGCCUGCGCAUCAUAGCCAUCGCCCGGCGCCCGAUCUCCGACUUCCCCACAAAAUCCACAAUCGAGUAUUCCCGGGAGCGUAUCGAAGAGAACCUUACCCUCCUCGGCCUGGCAGGCUUAUACGACCCGCCCCGCCUCGAGACAAAAGACAGCGUCGCCUCCUGCACGACCGCGGGCAUAAAAGUGCACAUGCUGACAGGCGACCACCCAUCCACAGCCUCCGCCAUCGCGCGCGAAGUCGGCAUCCUCCCACCUGCUUCUUCUCUCGCCACAUUACCGUCCUCCACAGCUUCCGCCCUCGUGAAGACUGCGGCAGAAUUCGACGACAUGACCGAAGAUCAGAUCGAUGCGUUACCCACGCUGCCGCUGGUGAUAGCGCGUUGUUCUCCACACACGAAGACGAGAAUGAUAGCCGCGCUGCACCGACGCCGCGGAUUCGCCGCCAUGACGGGCGAUGGCGUUAACGACGCGCCUAGCCUACAAGCCGCAGACGUGGGCAUAGCGAUGGGAAUGGCGGGAUCGGACGUUGCGAAGGGCGCCGCAGACAUUGUGCUCACGGACGACAAUUUCGCCUCGAUCGUGAACGCUAUCGAAGAGGGGAGAAGGAUGUUUGACAACAUCCAGAAAUUCGUGCUGCACCUCUUGACGAGCAAUGUGGGGGAAGUGGUGCUCUUGAUCAUGGGGCUGGGCUUCCAAGAUAGGCAGGGCCUGAGCGUGUUUCCGCUCUCCCCGCUACAGAUCCUCUGGAUCAAUAUGCUGACGAGUUCCUUCCCGGCGUUCGGGCUCGGGAGGGAGAGGGCGAGUAGGAGUGUUAUGAGACGCCCGCCGCACGAUAAUCGCACGGGCGUGUUUACGUGCCAGAUUGUGUGCGAUAUGGUCGUCUACGGUAUCAUCAUGGGCGCGCUGACGCUGUUGACGUUCGUGAUUAUCGUGUAUGGCCCUGGAGGCGGGGAUUUGGGGGUUGAUUGUAAUCGGAAGUUUAGUGGAAGGUGCGAUGUGGUGUUCAGAGCGCGCGCGGCCGUGUUUGCGGAACUCACUUGGUUGAUACUUGUGAGUGCGUGGGAAUUCAAGGAUUUGAGGAGGAGUUUGUUUGCGUUGGACCCGGUUACUUCGGAGGAGAGCAGGUUUCCGUUCUUCAAAGAUGUGUUUGCGAAUAAGUUUCUGUUUUUCGCGGUGGUUAUUGGGGCGAUAUCGGUGUUUCCCGCGGUGUAUAUUCCCGGCCUGAAUACGGCGGUUUUCAAGCAUAAGGGUAUAUCGUGGGAGUGGGCCUUGAGUGUUGGGGCUGUGGUUGUGUUUGUGUUAGGGAUGGAAGCGUGGAAAGCGGUGAAGAGGUGCUUGGGACUCUUCACGGAUGAGGAAACAGUAAAGAGUGAUCCCCUGAGUCUGAAGCAGGGAGGAUGGAGUUUCGCGAAGAGUUUCUCGAGGAGCAAGAGCGAUAACAGCUAUGUCGUUGGAUUGGAAAAGGGUGGGAAUGUCACAGCACGAGAUGCGAUGUGA